GUUUCCUCUAGCUACAGAGCCUAUGCAGGUCACGUGAAAAAUGAUCCAAAGACUCGUAGAAAGACCGAGUCGGGAAAUGAACGAAUCACUCGUUGAGAGGACUCGUUACUCCCGAGUCCUUAUAAGGAUUCGUUCAAAAUGAACGAAUCGUUCACGAACGACACAUCACUAGCACCUUGUCUUAUUCACUCACACAGCAGAGAACCUGAUACACGACGGUCAGACACGGAACACAUUUGAUUGGUGGCUGCAACCUGUUAUGAUGGCUGGAGGCGGGGCUUGCUGGAUCCUGUUCCUAUUCACCAUGUGUGUCAUAUAUCCUGCUGCUUUGAGCCACGAGUCCUCUGAUCUGAGGAUCAUUCUGGUGGGGAAGACAGGAUCAGGGAAGAGUGCAACAGGAAACACCAUCCUGGGGCAGGAAGUCUUUAAAGAGGACAUAUCAGCUGAAUCAGUGACCAGUAGCUGUCAGAAAUACCAGGCUGUGGUAGCAGGGAGAAAGAUACAGGUCAUUGACAGUCCAGGACUCUUUGACACCACCAUGACCGAGGCAGAAGUGAAGAGCCACAUCGAGGAGUGUGUCGACAUGUCAGUCCCAGGACCCCACGCCUUCCUGCUGGUUAUUAGAAUCGGGAGGUUCACUGAGGAGGAAAAGAACACCGUCAAAUGGAUCCAGAAGAACUUUGGAGAGGAUUCAAACAUGUACACUGUGGUUCUGUUCACCCAUGCAGACCUGCUGAAGGGUAAGACCAUAGAAAAGUUUCUCCAGGAAGGUAAAGACGGGGCAGGUUUGCGUAAACUAGUGACGGACUGUGGAGGUCGCUACCACGUCUUCAACAACCAGAAGAAGGUGGACCGUACCCAGGUCACUGAGCUGCUGGAGAAGAUUGAGAAGAUGGUGGAGUUCAACGGGGGACAACACUACACCAAUGAGAUGUAUGAGAAGGCUCAGAAAAGGAUGAGGGAGGAGGAGGAGAGGAGGAAGAGAGAGGAGGAGCAAAGAAAAAAGGAUGAGGAAGAGAGGAUCAGAAGGGAGGAGAGGAUUCGGAACUACUGUUACCUGGCUUCGCUUCUUGGUCUGGGGACCCUGGGGGUGGGGGGCUACCUGGGUGCUGGGGUUGUCAUGGCGGCGGGCACAGCUCUGGGGCUGGGGGGAGCGUAUAAAUGUUCUGAAGAAUACUAUAACUACAGUGAUCAAAGCCCAGCCAGGAGGAGUAAGACGGGGGGUCUGGAUGCUGCUACUGAUGAUGAUGAUGAAGAUGAUGAGGUCAAGGUCCCAGGCAGUCUGAGGAUGGUUCUGCUGGGUAUGACUGGAGCAGGGAAGAGCACCACAGGAAACAUCAUCCUGGGGAGAGAGGCCUUCAGAGCUGAGGCUUCUCCAAAGUUCACUCAGCAGGAAAGAGACACAGUGCGUUGGAUCAAAGAAAACUUUGGCUCCAGGUCUGCAGACUACACCAUUGUUGUGUUCACUGGGUCUGCCCAGCUAGGGGGGAGGAGUGUAGAAGCCUUCCUGAGGGAGAGUGACGACCUCCAGCAUUUGAUUGGUCAGUGUGGGAACAGGUAUCAUGUCAUUGACAACACUAGAGAUAAUAAUGAGGAUCAGGUGCAGCACUUCGUCUUAUUCACUCACUCAGCAGAGAACAGGAUACACGACGGUCAUACACGGAACACAUUUGAUUGGUGGCUGCAACCUGUUAUGAUGGCUGGAGGCGGGGCUUGUUGGAUCCUGUUCCUAUUCACCAUGUGUGUCAUAUUUCUUGCUGCUUUGUGCCACGAGUCUUCUGAUCUGAGGAUUGUUCUGGUAGGGAAGACAGGAUCAGGGAAGAGUGCAACAGGAAACACCAUCCUGGGGAAGGAUGUCUUUAAAGAGGACAUAUCAGCUGAAUCAGUGACCAGUAGCUGUCAGAAAUACCAGGCUGUGGUAGCAGGGAGAAAGAUACAGGUCAUUGACAGUCCAGGACUCUUUGACACCACCAUGACCGAGGCAGAAGUGAAGAGCCACAUCGAGGAGUGUGUCGACAUGUCAGUCCCAGGACCCCACGCCUUCCUGCUGGUUAUUAGAAUCGGGAGGUUCACUGAGGAGGAAAAGAACACCGUCAAAUGGAUCCAGAAGAACUUUGGAGAGGAUUCAAACAUGUACACCGUGAUUCUGUUCACCCACACAGACCAGCUGGAGGGUAAGACCAUAAAAAAGUUUUUCCAGGACAGUAAAGACGGGGCAGGUUUGCGUAGACUGGUGACGGAUUGUGGAGGGCGCUACCACGUCUUCAACAACCAGGAGAAGGUGGACCGUACCCAGGUCAAAAAGCUGCUGGAGAAGAUUGAGGAAAUGGUGGAGUUCAACGGGGGACAACACUACACCAACGAAAUGUAUGAGAAGGCUCAGAAAAGGAUGUGGGGGGGGGAGAAUAGGAAGGGGAACUACUGUUACAUAACACAUAAUAAAGUUCCCCCCCUCUCUCUUCCUCCCCUCUUUCCCUCUAUUUUUCCCCUCUUUCUCCCUUCUUCUCUUACGGUUGGAGGGGUGACCAUAGUUUGUGGCUAUGUUUAAAUAUUAAAUUACUAAAUGUCGUCUCUGCAGAGUGAAUCCAUCUGAUCAAACUUAUUGGAUGUGUUGGAUAGAGGGGCAGAUAUCAUGUCUUUGAUAACAAAGCCAGAGGUAAUGUUGGGGUCUCGAAAGUGGUUCUUAGUGAAGCAAGAAUUAACAGGCUUGGAGUCAGGAGAUUGAUUGCAAAGGCUUCGUCUUUAUUUGCCAGGUAUUUUGGAAUCACACGCAGAGCUUCUCUAGCCAGAGAAGUCUGACAUGUAUUCAAUAGACAAGAACUUUUAUACAGUCUUUCUACGUCACACAAAUAUGUUUGGCAACUAUCAGACAACACACAGUUUGUUCAAGAUAAACAGAUGUCCUCCCUCACUUGGCUAUUCUUACACAACCCGUGGUCAUUCUUGCACAACCCGUGGUCCCAAUCGAGCAACAUUUCCCUAUCAGGUCAUCCUGACCUGACUUCCUCUCUGGAAAGAACAUUCUAAUGGGAGGGGGAGAGUGACUCUCCCAGCUCACUCUUCUCCCCAUUGUUGAGCAUGGGACCCAACCAGCCUCCUCUCUCACCUAAUUCCUUACAUGGGGAUAAACAAGUCUUCUUCUCUAGCCUAAUUCCCUAUUUCCUCUCCUCAUCUGACCCCUCGUCCUAGUUGACUCCUUUCUUGAGGUCACAAGGUCACAAAAACACCAAGUAACACCACUCAGGUCCCAGAGCUGCUGGAGAAGAUAGAGAAGAUGGUGGAGGAGAACAGAGGAGGGCGCAACACCAACGACGUGUACAAGAAGGCUCAGGAAGAGAUUGAACGGCUGCAGAAACGAAGGAUGUUGAAGAAUGCAGGAAUAGUGGCAUGAGCAGCUGUAGCAGCAGCAGGAGGAGCUGUGGUAGUAGCAGGAGGAGCUGUGGCAGCAGCAGGAGGAGCUGUGGUAGUAGCAGGAGGAGCUGUGGUAGUAGCAGGAGGAGCUGUGGUAGUAGCAGGAGGAGCUGUGGUAGUAGCAGGAGGAGCUGUGGUAGUAGCAGGAGGAGCUGUGGUAGUAGCAGGAGGAGCUGUGGUAGUAGCAGGAGCAGGAGCAGCAGCAGCAGCAGGAGGUCAUCUUUAUGUAAAUAGCCAACAUGAGGGAACAACAAGCUCUGAAGAAGACUCUAAAACUAAAAAGGAUUAAGAAAUUAACCCGAACCAUGUAAAGUGAUGUAAUGCGUACUGAUUGUGAACAUGUUUUAAAAUUGUGUUCUAUAUGUUGUUUUGUUCUUACUUCAACCUGCAUCUAGUUCAAUAAUCUCUCCAGCUAUUCAUAUAGUUUGGGAGUUUUGAACUUCAUUGAACAUAACUUUUCUUUUUCUUUUUUUUUCUGUAAUCCAAAGUCUCUGAAUCAUGGAGGACUCAAUAUCUGUCUAUGAUGCUACCAUGUCUCUAUUAAGGCAAAAACUAAGAAACUUCAUGGGUUCAAGUGUCUAUUAAUUAUUUUCUAUGAAUAGAAAAUCCGGUAUAGAUCAUCCAUAUGGGAGUUAAGGCCACGUGAUGUAAAGGGAGCCAUUCAUUCUGUAUUGGACAGAUGAUAUAUUUUUAUGCGUGGGUUGGGUCAAUAAAGGGUUAAAAUACA